CAUCAACAUUUUUUUUUCUUCUCGAUAAGUUCGUAUCAAAUGCAUUCUGAAAUAAUUUGCAAUCGUAGAUAAAGACCUCGGUGUAUAAUUUACGGAAAUUACACCACUUAAGUCCUCAUAGGCAAAUGUCACCGCUUUUAUAUAGAGACAAAAUCCGGUUAUAAGUUAUUAAGGAAGUCACUCUGAAACAAGGCGCAAUAUUCAGCUUUCAAUAAUAGUCAUCGAUUAUUAUUAUAUGAAGCUUUAAAGAGGCAGUGUUGAAAACUUUGUGGAUACACUUUAACUGAGUCUCGAAGUCUUGGUAAAAGGACACACUAUGAAAAUUAAUAGGAUUAAAAAUGGUUUAAAGUGAUGAAGUUGGACUGUUGGCGUGGAUGAAGGAUAUUCUUUCUAAUCAAUUCCGCCUGGAUUUACUUCUAUAUUUUAUUUUUCUUUACUUGUUUAUUAAACAUUAAGAGAUAUGAUGGAAGAAACUGAUACCAGCCGUAUUUCAGAUGGCAAUGAACGAAAGGUGAAAGUCUCGGUGGUCGGUGAUAGUGGCGUCGGCAAGACUUGUUUGCUGAUGGCAUUUGCUAAUAAUAAAUUUCCCGACGAAGAUAUAUGCUGUCAAAGUUUGUUUGAAAAUUCAAAAGGAACAGUAAGGGUUGGUAGCGAAGGAUCGUUUGAAGUACCGGUUACUUUGGAAACAGAAGAUGGUACAAUCGAACUUGGACUAACCGACACAAUUGGCACUGAAAAUUACCGUUCAUUACGGGAAGUGUUUGCGGCAAAUUCGGAUAUAUUUCUCGUCUGCUUCAGUGUAACAGAUCCUCAGACGCUUGCAAAUGUCAAAGAUAAUUGGUUGAAUGAAAUAAGUGAAUUAACCCCUGGUGCACCUUUUAUUCUUGUGGGAACAAAAACAGAUCUUCGAGAAAAUGAAGAAAUUAUGGGCGCUCUUAAACAACAAGGAAUAGAGCCUACAUCAUUGCUACAAGGAAUAAAACUAGCCAAGCGUCUUGGUGCCAAGGAGUAUGUGGAAUGCUCCGCACUUAAUAUGAUUGGAAUAAAAGGUGUGUUCCAAAGUGUCGUCGUGACAACAGACCCUGAUCAGAGUAAACAGAAGGCGCAUGCCAAACGAAAAAGUGGAAAUUAUAGUUGUGUAGUGUCCUGAUGCGUUUAUUUGUUCUAGCAUGAUGUGGUUUUACAACGUUUUGACUGAUAAUGUGAGAUUCUGCCGGAUACUUUAUAUUGCUUAUUUAUUGUCAAUGUUGUCAUAUAAUUUUGAUGACAUUAUUUAUUGUAGGGUUGAAAAGCAUUUUCAGUCACAAGGCAAAAAGGCGUGUGAUUUAUCACAUUCAGUAGAUCUAAGCCUCUUUUUUCAUACAAAGAUAUAAGUAUGUUUCAUGUAAACAGGUUUGUGUUGCAAUAAGGAACUUGUUCGCUCAGUUAUUUUCCAAUGCGAUGUAGGAAGUGUUAUGUAUAAUGAGUCUUGAUAUUGACAUUUUUAAAAGAUCAUCUGGCCUUUUGGAAAUGUUGUUCUCAGACUUUCUUUGUGUCUAGCAAACACUUAUUUACGAUUAUCUUGAAGAGUUCAAGUGCUCUGCGAAAAUUAUAAAAACUUGUAACAAAAAUAAUCUUCCUCUUCUUGUUCGCGAAAGAAAACAUAUGGUUUGAUGUUCAAGAAAUGAUUCUGAAUGUAAAGUUAAUGAGUGAUUUAAUGUUGAUCCGGCACGAAGAUAAAACCUUAUAACAAUGUACAAGGAUGAAGACAAACACUUGACAUAACGUUUUCACUUCUUGAACCGAUACAUAAAUAUUAUGAUGAAAUUAUUAAAAUGUGCAUAAGGGUUAAUAUUAUUGCAGAAUAAAUGUGUGAUUUUGAUUAAA